AUGUCAGGCCACGAAAAUGAGAAUGAAUCUGGUGUGAGAGGAACUCGUGAUUUAUCUUCCAACUCCUCUACUGCUGAGGACGAUAACAAGACGUAUUUUAUCAGUCAGGCCCUGUUUGAAACUUUACAGGGAAAAGGAUUCAGUGACAAUGCGAUUAAAAAAUCCAUAGUAGCGGGAUGCAUAGACGAGGGGAGUUGCACACAGUGGAUCACCAUGCAUGAAGGCCACCCAGAGCUUGAUACCCCCUUGGACGAUGGUGUGCAGGUGGUCGUCAAGGUAAAGCGUGUGCUCACCGAGGCGGAGCGGGAGGCGAAGGUGCGGGAGUUGCGAGAGAAGGCGAAGGCCAAGUCGGAGGAGGCGAAGCGGCUGGCGGCGGAGGAGGAGCGGCGGCGCAUUGAAAUGGGCCGCAAGGCGCUGGAGACAAAAGAGAAACUCGACGCCCUGCGGCGCGAGGCGGAGUUGGCGGCGGUGCGAAAAGAAAAGGAGGCCGACGCCAUCGCCCGCCGGCGGGUGAAACUUCAGAUCCUCGCAGACAAAUACGUGCGGGGCGGCAUGUCGCGCGAGGAGGCGCAGCGCACCGCAGAGGCAGAGUUGGAGGCGGCCGCGCAGAAGAGACGCGAGGAGUCCGCAGCGCAGAUGGACAAACAAACACGUGAGGCGGAAACAACAAGAGGAGAAGUGAGGUCUGCAACGGAGUCGUGGAAUUUGCAAUCUAUCACGGCCUCGGUGGGCACUUCCCUCGGCGAUGUAUUUGACAAACCUGCGGAUCCACCCGCAGCCCUGCCACACUUGGUUGAAGAGAUGCUCAAGUACCAAAACCAUUCUAUGGUACGCCAGUGCAUCACAGUGCUGCGAACAAUUUUGACAAAUAUUCACAAUCACCCAUUUGACAUCACAAAGCGCACAUUGAAAACCUCUACAAACACCUUCUCUACAAAGUUGUUACCUGUUUUACCCGCUCUUCAGCUACUUCAUACGUGUGGAUUUGAGCUCGUUACAGAUGCAAAUGGUAGUGAGUCAUUAAUGGCAACCACAGUGGUGAUUCGCGUUAUAGAAGAAGCGCUUCAAUUAUUACCAAAGGAUGUCGAGGUGUAG